GUGCACAGUCGUUUUCUAAGUGGAAAUUUUCAGUUAUCUUUUGGAACCGAUCUCGGUACUGUAGGUUUCUGCGAUGUGAGAGGUGUAGCACACGAUUUAGUCACAAACUCGUUCGAUGUGGCCACUACGACCGUCACACAGGUUUCCUUCCACCCGGAAUGUGGGGAUCAUCUUGUUUGCGCAUCAGCAGAUGGAAGUUUAGUGCACUGGGACGUUUCAUCCGUCAUUACCACCAACAUUUCGUCUGGUACCCGUCACUCGCCAUGGUUAUCCGAUUCGUUGAGUCAAAAUGUGGAACUGGACACGCUACGAUGUCCCUGUUUUGGAGCCGUCAAUGGAUUUGCCAUAAAAGGCACAACUGUUGUAGCUGCUAUUGACAUGUGUAUGCUGUACUCUUAUGAGAACGUCUCUUUUCCUAUAGGAUCCAAUUCUUGUCUUUUAGCACAAUCUUAG